AUGGCCCUUGAAGCUCUUUCUUCAAACGAGCUCUUGGAGCUCAUCAUGUGCGGUUCGAACAUGGGCCCAUUUAACAGCGGGCCAUCUGUGGAUCCGCCGCAGGAAACCGCCGCGCCAGAGCCGCCGGCCGGCCGGAGGAAGCGGCGGCGGCGGGCGAGGGCGUGCAAGAACAAAGAAGAGGCGGAGACGCAAAGAAUGACCCACAUUGCCGUCGAGAGGAAUCGCCGGAAGCAGAUGAACGAGCAUCUCGCCGUUCUCCGGUCGCUCAUGCCGGAGUCUUAUGUCCAAAGGGGCGACCAAGCAUCCAUAGUCGGGGGCGCCAUAGAGUUCGUGAAGGAGCUCGAGCACAUUCUCCAAACGUUGGAGGCCAAGAAAUUCACCCUACUAAACGACCCGAACAAGGGCCCGAAUACCAAUAUCAACCGGGACAUGAAGCCCGUGUUCGCGAGCCCGUUCGCCCGAUUUUUCGUGCACCCCCAAAUCACGCGCUCCCACAAUCUUCUCGGAAUCGAUUACGCGUGCCAAUCGAAGUCGGCUGUUGCCGACAUCGAGGUCACGUUGAUCGAGACACACGCAAACAUUCGGAUCCUCACGAGGCGUGGGGUCCGCCAGCUUUCGAGGCUCGUGGCCGCCUUUCACUCUGUCCUCCUCACGAUACUCCACCUCAAUGUGACCACAUCAGACUCGCUCGUGCUCUACUCGAUUAGCGCCAAGGUUGAAGAAGGUUGCCAGCUCAAUUCAGCUGAUGACGUGGCAGGGGCAGUUCACCACAUGCUUAGACUAAUGGAGGAAGAGGCUGUUGCAGGCUUAAAUGUUUAG